AUGGCCAAGAUCCAGCCCCGGCCUCUGCCUGCAGCAGCCGCAUCACCUCCCUCCUGCUCUCCCUCGGGGGAUGAGGAGCGGCGGAACCUCCAGAAGCAGGCCGUGUACAUGGUGUGGAUGAAGUCGCUGGUGUUCAACGGCAACGGCUGCACCGUGUACGGCGCCGACGGCGGCGUGGCCUUCCGCGUCGACAACUACGGCUGCCGCGGCGGCCGUGAGGUGUUCCUCAUGGACUGCGCCGGCAGGACGCUCGUCGGGAUCCGGAGAAGGAGCUGCUUCGGGAUGUUCAGGCGAUGGGAGGCCUGCCGGUACUCCGAAUCCGAGUCCGACGGAGGCGAGGAGACGAGGACGGCGUGGUUCGCGGUGCGCAAGGCUCCGGGCGGCGGAGCUGCCGUGACGAUGCAUGGCAGCGGGAGGACUUACGCGAUCGUCGGCGGGUGCUCGCGCAAGCCGGACUACAGGAUCAUCGGCGGCGCCGACGGUGCGGCCGUGGCGGCGGUCGCGCGGAAACAGACGCCGGCCGGGGUGGUUCUUGGAGACGACGUCCUGACGCUGACGGUGGCGCCGGGGAUGGACCAUCUCCUCGUCCUGGGCUUGGUCGUCGUCUGUGGCCUCAUGAACCGUUGCUUGUGA